ACUACUUUGUUGUUGGACCAAAUAACUUGAAAUUGAAGGCUAUGACACACAACCUCAGGCUAACAUUUGCACAGGGAACAUCUAUUGAGGAAACAACUGAUCCUUCAUUUGAUAUGGAGAUCUUUAACUUGUGUCAUUUUGAACAGCUAACAAAUUAGCAGUAAUUACCAAAAAAAAAAAAAAAAAAAAUAUUAGCAUGAUGUCGAUGAGGGAGAAUUAUUCAGUAAUUCUUCUUUUUCAUUUCAUUUUAAUUCUAGGUUUUGUUAAAUUGAGCGACUAACUUUUAUAUUUGUAGAUAUUUUUGGCCAGGUUGUGACCUUCGAAACGAUUCAGACCUACAAGCAAGGAGACAACAAUAGUGUUUUUAUGAAUGUUGAACUCGAAGACACUCACCAAGUUUCAUUCAUAAAUAGAAACUUUACUUUUACAAUAUAACUACUUAUAGUUUUGUAAAUGAACAAUUACCAUGAAACAUAUAGGAGGAACAUGAUUUCGGCAACUUUGUGGAGUGAACUUGUGGAUCAAAUUCAACCUCACUUGAAUGGAUCUACAAAUGAACCUUUGAUUGUUGUUUUGCAACUUAUCAAAGCUAAAAAAAUCGGAAGUUUACCAAGUUUACAUCUAUAUUUGAAAUUCAGUUUCAAAUUUUUUUUAUAAUCCAUUUCAUACCCAGGAGUAAUUCAGUGUAGCUAUUGGUAUGCUUCAAAACCAUGGAUAAAUUCUACUCUGCCGUAAUCUAUUGUGUUUAAAUCCAAGUUUGUCAACUAUAUAAUUUUCUUCUGUGUACUAAAAAAAUAUUAAUAUGAUUUACAACUUAUAGUCUUCAGACUUAUUUGGAUUAGUUGCAGGCCGUCAAUCUAACCAUGAGUGGAUUACUAAGACAAGUUCUCAGUAAUUUUUGUUGGAGGAAGAUCAGUAUUAUGUCUUGCAAGUACGGGACUGAUGAAAGAAUAUAAGGGUGAAAUUUCUUGUCACUUUGUGAAUGAAUAAAUUGUUAGGUGACUUAUUUCUGCAAGUAUGUGCAGUAGUUGCUUCAAAGGGAUCUUAUGUAGCAGUUUUGUUUGAUAAAUAUAGAUGCAGAUAUAUGUGGAAACCCUUACUGCAAAACUAUAACUCUUGAAGUUGAGAGUUUAGAUACAAUCGAUAAUGUAAAGGCCAAAAUCCAGGACAAAGAAGGUAUUCCAACAACGUUUGAUCUUUGCAGGAAAACAGCUCAAGGAUGGGCGUACUCUCUCAGACUACAACAUCCAAAAAUAGUCAACCCUCCACUAAUUAGUCCUUCGCCUUCGCGGUGGAAAGCAAAUUAAAAGGAUAUUAGUAAUGCGGAACCUUGCUCGUGAAACUAAUUUUAUGAAACCUAGGGUGGUAAAUCCUCCACAAUAUUGCCUUUUCCUUUCCUUAAUUCCCAAACACUCUCUACAUCAAAACUAGAAUGCUUGGAAAUGAUUUCCCACCAAAUAGAGGCACUUUUCCAACGUUCCAACACGACCAUACAUCUUCUGCAACUUCAUUCUCUAUUCAUCAAAACAGCUCUCAAUCACGACGAGUAUCGUCUCUCCCAAUUCAUAUCAUUCUCAUCUUCAAUAUCUCUCCAAUUCUCCCGUAAACUAUUUGAUAAUUCUCCCAUUACUCCACCAAUCUUUGCAUGGAACACAAUGAUGAGAGCAUAUUCCAAACAAGUAGAGUCUCUCAAGCUUUUUAAUCAGCUUCAAAGAACUGGAUUAAAAGCGGAUAAAUUCACAUUCCCUGUUGUGUUAAAGGCUUGUGGGCAUUGCUUGAUGAUUGGAACUGGUGGGUCCUUGCAUUCAAUGGCUUUCAAGUGUGGUUUCAGUUCAGACUUACAUGUAAACAAUACUCUUUUGAGAAUGUAUGCCGGAUUUGGUGCAGUCAGCUUUGCAAGACUAGUGUUUGAUGAAAUGCUUGAUAGGGAUGUAGUUUCUUGGAGUUCCAUGAUGGCCGCUUAUGUUCAUUGUAACUUGCCGUCAGAUGCUCUACUCCUCUUCCAAUCCAUGAAGCUAGCAAAUGAAAAGCCAAAUUCUAUCUCAUUGGUUAGCUUGCUGGGAGCAUGUAGUCGCAUCCUGAGUAUCAGAUUAGGUAGAUGUAUUCACUCGUACAUUGUUACCGGUGGUAUGGAACUGCAUGUUGAACUGGAAACAGCCCUCCUGGGCAUGUAUGCAAAAUGUGGUCAUAUAGAGCAGGCUUUCCGCAUCUUUAAUUCAAUGGAUGAUAAAAAUUUGCAAACCUGGACCAUCAUGAUUUCUGGCCUUGCUGAUCAUGGCCAUGGAGAAGAAGCUGUGUCUUUGUUCGCCAGAAUGGAAGAAGCUGGCUUUAGGCCGGACAGCUUGUCAUUUUCUGCAAUCCUAAAUGCUUGUAGUCAUAUUGGCCUUGUUGAUGUGGGCCGUGAAUAUUUUGAAAAAAUGGUAAGUAUUUAUAACAUCAGGCCGACUAUGGAACAUUAUGGAUGCAUGGUGGACAUGUUUGGACGUGCUGGAGAAUUAGAAGCAGCUUAUGAUCUUAUAAGGAGCAUGCCUAUAGAGCCUAAUUCUGUGAUAUUGAGGAGUUUCAUUAGUGCUUGUAACCAUCAUGGCCGUAUUCCUUGCACGGAAGAAAAUAUAAGAGUGACACGAACAGCCUAAGAUCGGCUAUGAAAGCGAAAGGGAUAAAGAAAUUUCCUGGUAGCAGUUGGGUGCAGUCGCUUGGUACCUCUUCAGAGCACAGCAGUUGAAGGAUCUGGCAGCAGUGUUUUUGUUUACGCCAAACCAACACAGGAAUGAAGGCGCUGUUACAUUCCACUGACAAGAAAGAGCA